AUGUCUCUCCCGCAAGCAUCGAAGGACAUCUCCGACCACCCCGCGUCCAACUCGGUCACGCAGCCACACAACAAGCGCGAGCAGGCCGCCGACGUCGACCGCAAGCUCCGCUUCUAUGGCGUCAUCCAGGCGCUGCGCGACUCGCGCAUGCCAUCGAACACCCAGAUCGACGCGGCGCUCACCUAUGCGCUCAGCAACUCGCCCCGCGACGGGCAGAAGCUCAUCCAGGACUCGCGCGACAUCAUCGAGACCGCGCGCCUCAUCGUCAUGAAGAAGAACGCCGACGAGCUCUUCCAGAACUUCGUCUGGCAUACGCGCGCCGUCGACGCCGCGCCCGCGAAGAACAUCGCCAACUCCGACAACAUCCCCGUCGACCAGCAGAAGGCCAAGCAGGACGGCCAGCAGGCCGUCCGCAAGCUCAUCGCGGACUUCAGCGUCAUCGGCCGGGACCUCCUCGCCCGUGGUGCCGGCAAACUCGCAGAGACCGCCCGCCCCGACGAGGCACGACUUGCGCAAGUCGACGACACGGCCCCACACAACCAGUUUGUCACUGAGGGUGGUCGUGUUGCCGGCCCCGACGAAACUCCAAUUGUCGAGGCACGCAUCCCCGGCACGGAUACGCGUGUUGCCCAGCACCCCAAGGCAGAGCUUGGCCAGGGUGCCACCAGCGGCGAUCAGGCUGCUCGCGAGGCCAAUGCGAAGAAAGAAGAGCUGAAGCCUACCGCAGAAGACGACACGCUCAACACUGUCGGCGGCGAUCCCGUCCCCGAUGACUCUACGGACGCGGAGGCCAAAAAGAACGGCCUGAUGGGCAAAAUUCGGGGUGUUCGCGACCAACUGAACGAAAAGAUCCCGCAGGAGCACAAGGAUCGUGCUAACGACCACGUCGAUCGCGCGAAGAACUUCCUCAGCGACGAGUACUUCCCGCCCGAGCGUCGGGAUCAGUUCAUCUACCGCCUCAAGAAGGUAGUGAUCGAAUGCCAGAACCACAAGGACUACCAGGAGAGCAUCACCUGGCUCCUCGGUUGGCUAGAGGAGUACGCGGGCCACGGCAAGACUGCUGCUGCGAACGCUAAGGACCACCACGAGAACCUGCAAUCGCAGGGUCCGAUGCAGCAGGCGCUCGGCGAACUUCGCACACUGCUGGAGCGCUUCGCGAACGGCAUGAGCAUGGCCGUCGUAGGCAAUGCCAUCCAGGAUCUGCAGUGGUUUACGGACUGCGACGCGUACGUGCGGAAGGUCCUACUCGAGGCUGGCUUUGUGUUGGAGCCGCAGUGCAACAGCCAAGGCAAUGACUUGCUUGAGCGUGGCCGUGGCUUCUACGAGGGCAACUUCGGAACUGACUGGGCGCGUCUCACCAAGGACCUGCUAUUCGAUGGCGAGGGCAGCCUGAAGUUCAAGCCCGAGCUGUGGAUGGACAUCCGCAAGGUCGGUUACGUCCCGAUUCCGCGCGUCGAGUACACCGACGACGCGCUUGACCUCGUCAUCGAGAACCUCGCACUCAGCGGACGUAACCUCUUGCCGAACCUCGUCACCGUCGAGGCGCACAACUUCAUGAAGUUCUCGCCGUACAAUGCCAUCCAAGACGAGGGCCGCCACGAGUUCACGCUCACGUUCGGCCAGAUCCAGGCGGACAUGCGCGACUGGUUCCCGAAGCUCAGCGACUCGGGCAUCGCGGACGUGCUCCUUGGCGGGCAUGGUCUUACUGAUCGUUCGUCUGUCUUCCACGUCAAGGACGUGCAAGUCAAGGUUGACACGCUCAAGUUCAGCAUUCGCGACAGCAAGCACGACCUUCUGUACAAGACGCUCCGGCCGCUCGCGACCGGUCUUGUGAAGCGGCAGGUGCAGAAGGCGAUCGCGGACGCGCUCGUGACAGUGCGCGACCGCAUGGAGGAGGCGAAGGUGGACGAGAACCAGAGCCGGACACAGGCGCUGCAGGACCUGUUCCAGCGUAAGAAGGACGAGGCGUCGAGCGCGGCGUCGAAGGCGGACGCGAAGACGGGCACGUUCAAGUGUGUCGAACGCGACUCGGCGAUCCUGCAGGACGUCGGCCGUCCCGAGGGCUGGGCGAACCGCGCGCAGGAGCGGUCGGACAAGGCGACGACGGGCGAGACGUGGCACUCGGAGGCGUUCAAGAUCGUUUGA